CUCAAGGACACAGCAGAUCCAACAUGUUUCGUAAGAUUGUGUGCACCAAGCUCUCGACAGACUUCCGGGCAGCGACAGAGAUAGUGACCAUCCCGAGGUCGUCCUUGACGGUAGCCCCGGGCACAGUCCUAAUCAAGAACGUCGUCGUGGGUAUCAAUGCAUCUGACAUCAACUACACGAACGGAAAGUACAACCCUGGGGUCCAACCGCCAUUCGACUGCGGCUUUGAAGGCGUUGGACAUGUUGAGGAAGUUGGGGCCGGGGUGAAACACUUGAGGAAGGGCGACGCGGUCGUGUAUACUCUAUACGGCGCAUUUGCCGAGUACAUUGUCGUGCCGAUCAAAUUUGUGAGCAAGGUGCCAUUUGCCACGACCGCGAUCCUUCCCUUGAACGUGUGCGGUCUCACGGCAUCCAUUGCGUUGGACGUAGUGGGCGAGAUGAAAUCGGGGGAAACUGUGUUGGUGACGGCGGCCGCCGGUGCCACGGGUCAAUUCGCGGUGCAGUUGGCCAAAUUGGCGGGCAACACUGUCGUCGGCACGUGCAGCUCGCCCGAGAAGCAAGCGUAUUUGCAGUCCAUUGGAUGCGAUCGCGCCAUCGACUACACCAAGGAAGACGUUGGCGCUGUCUUGUUCAAGGAAUUCCCUCGCGGCGUGGACCUUGUGUUCGAGUCGGUCGGGGGGUCCUUGCUCGAGAUAUGCGUGAACCACUUGGCCAAGCACGGGCGGCUGAUUGUGAUCGGGUCCAUCUCUGGCUACUCGGACUCGUCGUCGUGGUCUGCUGCUGCCGGCGCCACCCCCCCGUUUUCCGCCACCCUCUUGAGCAAGUCGGCAUCCGUGCGAGGCUUCUUCCUCAACCACUUCGCCAAGUCGCAUGGGGCCGCGCACGCCCGGAAGCUCACGAUUCUGGUGCACAAGCGUCUGUUGAAUCCCGGCGUGGACACGGCCACAUUCCGAGGCCUUGAAGGUGUCGCGGAUGCCAUCGAGUACCUCUACGCGCGCAAGAACAUUGGCAAACUUGUUGUGCACUUGGCAGACCCUACUUCUUCAUCCAGUGACCACAUGACCCUCCCUCGUGCAUCGCUAUGAUCGAGUCCAGGCCUCGUUACAGUACUAUUAUACUUUGCUUUGCGACAUAAUAAUAUAUUAAUACUGAAAAAACAUGAAUCCAC